ACAUCAAGAUCGAGCGCGUUGCUGCCAAUGAUCUUCCGCAAGGCUUCUUGUUUUGCUCAACAGACGUCAGCCCUUUGGCGGAAUUCUGGGUGGGACCACGGCUCACGCCAAAGUGCAGUGUGAUCACUUGCACAUUGGCUUUGAUUCAGCAGGGCAAGCCAGAGAGUGUGCAGAUGCAGUUUCAGCAGGUCUACAUCGACAAGCGCCGCGCCGCGCUUGCAGAGCAGAUAGCUGGUUUGAAGGCAGAGCUUGCCGCGUGCGAGGAGGAGUUGUCGAGCGUGGACAAGUCAGAUCCCUCACGUGGCCAAAAGCGUGAAAGCCAAGGUGGACCUUCGUCGAAGGAUACCCCCAUUAAGAGCCAGAAAGUGGGAAGCGAUGUGAAGGAGCCCAGCGGGCAGAGUCAGUGAAGCCAUGCGGCAGCUUCGGAGCGGCGGUUCACGCCGUCAUGGACUUCUACCAGGGUUACUUGUGAUAGCUGCCUUUCGGAAUGUUUUUGAGGGCUUCUUCUGCCAAGAGAGCCGUACUUUUUUGAGAGCCUCUUGCCAAGACUGGCAUUGAUCGCGGCCGGUAAGAUGGAAAAUAUAGUGCCUAUUUUUGGAGGCCGAUCGGAUCGGGUGGUGUUUCCGUUUCGGUGGUGACUGGUGUCAACCGACUGGUGCGACGCGUGCAUGGAGGGUGGCUGGAUCAUGCUGGAUCCUAAGGUAUCUAUAGUGGAGGGAUCAUCCCCUUAUUCCCUACUAGGCACAAGUCAGUCAAUGUUAUGUAGACUCCUUUGAUUCACAAAGCCAAACUCCCCACAUGAAGAGUUGGCCCGGCUCCCAGCGUUUGGAAGCAAGAGUUGGCUCGGGCCAGUCACUAAAGCUUGGCUUAAGAAAGGUUUCUGAAGCGACAGCGGCUGCGCGUUUGCACGUGAUUGGUUUCUGCGCGUGGCCAGGUUGGUGC